GGCCUCCGGGAGGACGGCGCUGGCCCCAUGCGAAGGUCCUCGUCCCUGAGCAGCUCCCAGGACACCUCGGAGAGGGACAGCCCCGAGAGCUCUCCUCCCCGAGUACCCCGGGCCUUAGGACACCAGGCCAAUGGGACCAGCCCUUGUGGCCGCUGGGCGUUCUGUGCCGCGCCUGUCGAGACCACCCCGGAGGACACUGAGGUCCCAUCCACCGUGGGCAUGGCUGGCCGCGAAAGCCCCCCAGGCCUGAACAUCAGCGGAGUCAGGAUCCAGCACCGGGCAUCCAGCGUGGACACACACCACGUGAGGCUGAUGCCUUUGGGGUCAGAGUCUGCUGAGCCACGGCGCUGGUCCCUGCAGCACGUUCCGGAUGCUUCUGGGAGCUCCGGGAAGCGGUGCUUCAUCUUCCAGUUGCAGCAGCCCCCACCAGGCCUCCAGGGUCCCGGGGGUGACUAUAACUUUGGGUUCACUGGCACCAAGGGUGAUCGGUUGGUGAGGUACCCCCGCAUUCGGCUGGAGAGGAGCACCUCAUAUCCCACCCAGCCCAGAAUGGAGCGGCUAAGCCCGACCGAAGGGCAGAGCCCCUCUGAGGGGCCGGCCUGCAGCAGCCGGGGACCCGAGAGCCGCGCGGCUAAUUGUGUGGAGAGGACGUCCCAGGGCCAAGGCUGUAUGUUUAAGAUCCAGCAAGAUCAAAAUGCCGGGCAGCAGCACUUCCGAAUCCUUGUGACCCGGGGGUCAGAGGAGACUCACCAAAGUCCGGAGGGGAGAGAUCUUAAAAGCCCCGGCCCUACAGGAGCUGGCGCCCUGACAAGAGACGACUUCCUGGGACAAGUGGACGUGCCCCUGAGCCAUCUCCCGACAGAAGAUCCAACCAUGGAGAGACCCUAUACAUUUAAGGAUUUUCUCCUCAGACCAAGAAGCCACAAGUCUCGGGUGAAGGGAUUUCUGCGGUUGAAAAUGGCCUACCUGCCGAAAAACGGAGGCCAGGACGAGGAGGGCAGUGGGCAGAGGGACGACAUGGAGCAUGGCUGGGAGGUGGUUGACUCCAGCGACCCGGCCGCCCAGCACCAGGAGGAGCUGCCUCCGCCCCCGCUGCCCCCCGGGUGGGAAGAGAAAGUGGACAAUUUAGGCCGGACUUACUACGUCAACCACAACAACAGGACCACGCAGUGGCACCGGCCGAGUUUAAUGGACGUCUCUUCCGAGUCUGACAACAACAUCCGGCAGAUCAACCAGGAGGCCGCCCAUCGGCGCUUCCGCUCCCGCAGGCACAUCAGUGAGGACUUGGAGCCCGAGCCCAGCGAGAGUGGGGACACCCCUGAGCCUUGGGAGACCAUCUCAGAAGAAGUGAAUCUCGCAGGGGACUCGCUCAGCCUGGCCCUGCCACCCCCACCAGCCUCCCCCGUGUCCCGGACGAGCCCCCAGGAGCUGUCGGAAGAGCUGAGCAGACGCCUUCAGAUCCCCCCGGACUCCAAUGGAGAGCAGUUCAGCUCUCUGAUCAGAGAACCCUCCUCCAGACUGCGGUCCUGCAGCGUGACGGACGCGGUGGCUGAGCAGGCUCAUCUUCCACCGCCCAGUGCCUCAACUAGGAGAGCGCGCUCGUCCACUGUCACGGGCGGCGAGGAGUCCACGCCGUCAGUGGCGUACGUGCACACCACACCGGGCCUCCCUUCAGGCUGGGAAGAGAGGAAGGACGCUAAGGGACGCACGUACUAUGUCAAUCAUAACAAUCGAACCACAACGUGGACGCGCCCCAUCGUACAGCUCGCGGAAGAUGGCGCGUCGGGAUCGGCCACAAACAGUAGCAGCCAUCUAAUCGAGCCCCAGAUCCGCCGGCCCCGUAGCCUCAGUUCACCAACAGUAACUCUGUCCGCCCCGCUGGAGGGGGCCAAGGAUUCACCCAUACGCCGAGCGGUGAAAGACACCCUCUCCAAUCCUCAGUCUCCACAGCCGUCGCCCUACAACUCCCCCAAACCACAGCACAAAGUCACGCAGAGCUUCUUGCCGCCAGGCUGGGAAAUGAGGAUAGCUCCGAACGGCCGGCCCUUCUUCAUCGACCACAACACCAAGACGACAACCUGGGAAGACCCACGCCUGAAGUUUCCAGUACACCUGCGGUCCAAGGCGCCCUUAAACCCCAAUGACCUCGGCCCCCUUCCCCCUGGGUGGGAAGAAAGGAUUCACCUGGACGGCCGGACAUUCUACAUCGACCACAGCGGCCCGGUGUUGUGUGGCGAGAAUGAUAGCGGGGAUGCAGUGCCCUCCUACGAUAGCAAAAUUACGCAGUGGGAAGACCCCAGGCUGCAGAACCCAGCCAUCACCGGUCCGGCUGUCCCAUACUCCCGAGAAUUUAAGCAGAAAUAUGACUACUUUCGGAAGAAGCUAAAGAAACCGGCCGAUAUUCCAAACAGAUUUGAGAUGAAACUUCACCGAAACAACAUAUUUGAAGAGUCCUACAGGCGAAUCAUGUCAGUGAAGAGACCGGAUGCCCUGAAAGCCAGGCUGUGGAUUGAAUUUGAGUCCGAGAAAGGCCUUGACUAUGGCGGCGUGGCCAGAGAGUGGUUCUUCCUGCUGUCCAAGGAGAUGUUCAAUCCCUACUACGGCCUCUUUGAGUACUCUGCCACGGACAACUACACGCUUCAGAUCAAUCCCAACUCGGGCCUCUGUAAUGAAGACCACUUGUCCUACUUCACGUUCAUCGGCAGGGUCGCUGGCCUGGCAGUCUUUCACGGGAAACUCUUAGAUGGUUUCUUCAUCAGACCGUUUUACAAAAUGAUGCUGGGGAAGCAGAUCACGCUGAACGACAUGGAAUCCGUGGAUAGUGAAUAUUAUAACUCCCUGAAGUGGAUCCUGGAGAACGACCCCACCGAGCUGGACCUCAUGUUCUGCAUAGACGAAGAGAACUUUGGGCAGACGUACCAGGUGGACCUGAAACCCAAUGGCUCUGAAAUCAUGGUGACAAAUGAAAACAAGAGGGAGUACAUCGACCUCGUCAUCCAGUGGAGAUUCGUGAACAGGGUCCAGAAACAGAUGAACGCCUUCCUGGAGGGCUUCACAGAACUGCUUCCCAUUGAUUUGAUUAAGAUUUUUGAUGAGAACGAAUUGGAGUUGCUGAUGUGUGGGCUUGGUGACGUGGACGUGAACGACUGGAGACAGCAUUCCAUCUACAAGAAUGGCUACUGCCCCAACCACCCCGUCAUCCAAUGGUUCUGGAAGGCGGUGCUGCUGAUGGACGCUGAGAAGCGCAUCCGGUUACUGCAGUUUGUCACAGGGACAUCCCGCGUGCCCAUGAAUGGGUUUGCCGAACUUUACGGUUCCAAUGGGCCUCAGCUGUUUACAAUCGAGCAAUGGGGCAGCCCUGAAAAGCUGCCCCGAGCUCACACCUGCUUUAAUCGCCUUGACUUACCUCCAUACGAAACCUUCGAAGAUUUACGAGAGAAGCUUCUCAUGGCCGUGGAAAACGCGCAAGGAUUCGAAGGGGUGGAUUAAGUGCCCCCGGCCUUGGGGGGGUGGUCCGUCAAGCAAGUUGUGCUUGCACUUUUGCAUUUGCCCGACAGACUUUUGCAGAGACAGUGGCGGGCGAGCAGGAAGCCCCGCAAGGCUCUGAGGCGGCGCCUUCUGCAAACAUGCCUGCCCCGGGUUCAGGCGCCACCCGUCCCUGCUCAGGCAGGCUUGACCCCUGUCACCACCUCAGCCCCUGGGCUGGUUGGCACAUACACUCAUCACAUUUCAGGAGGACUUCGUCUAUUUAUGUCCUGCCUCUGUAGGCAAAGCCCUUAAUAAAUAUUUUACAUACUUUCUACUGACCAUGAAUGGAAUCAAUCACUCACUGGACAGGUACAGUAUUACAGCUCAUGUUUACUUUUUUAACUGAUUUCGACCGAUUUGCAGCUUUGAUUUCGUGACGGUUAAAAAUGUCUCCUGUGUUUGGAAAGUGAGCUUUUUUCCCCUCUGCCCCCCUCCCCUUUUUUUCUUCUUCUUUUUUCCUAUCGCUUCCUGUCAGCGAUCUUUUUGUUGUGGAAGCCCUUUGACACGGCCAGCACCUGAAUCAGAAGACCGCCUUUGGUCCAGAGGCCUUCUGCCGACCAAGUCCUCCCCGAGACUCUUCCGCCGAAUGUUAGGCUUCACGAGAGACGUGUUCUCUUCCCUGCCCAGAGAGGGGGAGAGCAGACUGAACCGUACACAUUUGGCCUCUGUUCUGUUCUGUUUUCUGUCUGUGCAAACGUGUAGCGUGCUGGCCGCGGGGGCUGAGAGAAUUGUAACACCGAGUGACAAAACUUGUGCUGACUCAGACUCCGUGUGUAAUGACACACUCCACAUAGGCUCGGACCGCCCAGCCCUGCCUCACCCUGUACAGCCAUCGUUUCUUCCUGUUGCCUCCUUGCUGCCCGCCCCGGGGAGAUGUUCCGGAUGGCACCGGGCGCCCUGCUGAUUUGAAGCUGUGGAAGCCAGAUCCAGUCUGGGCUCCCGUGUCUCCACCUUUGCUGACGGUCAUUCGGAAGGCAUUCCUAGUACCGCUCGGAGGGAGGCCGAGUGUCUAGUCCCGUUCUCAUUGUGUCCGUCACCGUAAGUGUUGCCUGUGAUGGUUUCUUCUCACCACGUGCCCACCUUUCCCGGGGACACCUGGCUGCGGACAAUGUAGGAGACCCGGAUGGAAAGCCGGGGCCCUCUGACAACGAUUGUUCUGCAAGGUCUCCUCAACUGCCAAGAUGUAUUUCAUAGACACGUAACCGUGUUUUGUGACUGUGCCGUGUUGCAUGCGUGGACACUGUGGACUGAGCUGCACUUACUGUGGGCUGGGCGGGGCGGGAGAGAGGCCACCUGGCUUGCCCCUGGUGUCCGGUGGUUUUGUUGGUGGUGGUUUAGGGUCAGGGGCACCGACGUGGCUCUCUGUCUCUGGGGACACCCAUGAAGUGUAUAUGACAGAAUCCAGUCAUGUUCCCAGGAAUGCCUGAGAUGCUCUUGUUUCCCAGGUCACGUGAUCCCUCUGACUCACCUGUCCUGGCAGGUGAGGGAUACUGCAGGGAGGGUCUCUUGCCAGUCAUUGACCGGACAAAACGUUGGGGGGAGGGGGGUGUCUGGGAGACUCCGUAAAGGAAUUGUCUGAGAGGCGUAGAGGCUUGAGAGAGGGUGGCCUCCACAAAGCCAGGCCCUGACCCCUUUUCCUGUUGGCUUUAAAAGCACCCAGUGGUCAUCAGAAAACGGAAAUACCACGUCCUUAUCAAGAACAAGAUUGCUCAGUGGUUUUUCCCCCAUCCAGGUGAGACUUUCUGUCCUAUGGCCAAGGUAGAUUGAUGCCUCAGUGAUUAAAAAAAAAAACCCCCAAAAAACCUGUUCAUGAUCCUCGUAGCCCAGAAAGUCAUCUUGUUGGGAAUUGUGCCAAAAGCCCGGUUUCGAGCAGUAUGCUGUGAUGGCCUUGGAGAGAGCGUGACACCACGGUGCACCGUCCAGUCCAGCCAUUGUACAUCCUCCAGGGGCUGAGCGCCCGCUGCGAUUCCAUGGAGGGAACACUCAGAAACUAAGACCCAGCAGCUGUCCGAAGCAUGAGGGAGAGCGUCCAAAGCAGAAACCGGUGAGACUGACCAGAACCGAGUCCCAUGAGAGCACAGUCCAGUGCCCCUGCCCCUCUGUGACACCCCGUGUGGCAGCUUGCUUAGACUGCUGAGCGUGGUGCCUUUAAAAGCCUGGGUGAUGUUCAGUCUCUCGUAGCCAGGACUUCUUUGCAUUUCCCGCUUGGUCUGAAAUAAACGUCGACCUUGUUUCCAAUAA